UUACUUUCUAUUCAGGAUAAAAUGUCUACAUUUAAUAGCAUCCACUUCUUAUUUGGCGCUUUGUUCUUGUUUAGUGCUGCAAAUUUAACGCAGGCUGACAACAAACGCCUUGAGAUGAGUGUGAUGACAAAUUUCAUUAAUGUAAUGGAGGAACAAAUUGAUGUAAUGCGAUGUAUGGAAAGAAGUUGUGAUCCUUUAGUCUUUGAGAAAAUGCUUCAAAAUGAAAAUGAUGUAGAAAGUAAUCUUCAAGCCCAAUCACCGUUUUCUGAAACAAACGAAUUGAAAUCAGAGAAGGUGGCCAAAGCUGUUCAGCGGUCAGUGGCCAAAUAUUUGCUCAUCGAACCUCUAUGCCAAGAUACCAGCUACAGUUGUCCCAUUCCUGUGUACAAAGAAAUUCCCAAAGAUAUCGCUGACUACAUUAAUGCUAUACAGGGCAUUGUUACCAAUGGCCGAAAGUGUAUCAAUUUCAGUAAUAUCGAUAAAGCCAUAAAUAUCUUGGGUGAGGGCGUUGAAUACGUGGAAGAAUAUCGCACUCAUUCCGGAACUAGCAUGCAACGAGUUUUGCCUGCCUGCUUGCAUUGUUCCAAUGGUUUCAAGCAAUUGUGCGAUGCAGCAACUACAGGAUACUGAGGAAAAUCAAUUAACCACAAUCCAAUACAAAUCAGCUGCCACAUACUUACCGAAAAUAAUUAUGUGUUGUUAAUCUUAAUAAUCCAUUAUUAAAAUUUGUUUAAUUUUUAAAUAAUUCACUUAGGAUUUUCUGUUAAAGUAAAGAUUUUGUAAGUUCUUCCCUAAGAAUCAGUAAAUUAAGUUAUAUUUUAAUUUUUGUAAAAGCUAGCAAAAGGAAGUUCACUUAAUCCAAUGACUACAAUUUUUGAUCGUCUAACAAUUUCCUGCGAAUUUUCCAGAAGAAGGUAACGAACGCGGAUGAGAUUGUCUAGAAGUCGUAGACGAUUCCCCCGUCGUGAGGAGUUGUGACGAAUCUUCUGGAAAAGUGUUACGUAAAUCUUCCAUAUGAGUUGCUAAGGAGUAAGUCACAAGUCUUGGAAGAUCUUAGAAUCGCGCAAGAAUCGUAUGGGCGAGUAACAAAUGAUUGUUUUGAAAGAUUAAU